UUGUACGACGUUGAUCGUUUUAAUGUCGAUUUGAAAUGCUCUUACACAAUUGAUUACACCAAUUUAUACCUUGCAGGGUCUUGCUGUUUUUGGUUUUCGAGCCAGUUGGCUAAAAAAGGCUAAUGAGUGGCCUGCUACUGCCCCUCGUGGCUCGAUAAAAACGUGACAUCAUAGGCCAAAAGAUAUUAUUGAAAUGUAAGGCUUGCAAUAACGGAGUUAUGAAUGACAGCGUUGUUGUAAUAAAAAACACCUAUUAUUUCACAUUGAUCCAAAAAGGGAGCAUGAGGGACGUGUUUUUUUAGCCUACCUUUGUUGGAAAACUGAAAAGAAAUCUGUGUUGCUGCUAGUUGUUUAGUUGAUAAUGGCUAGGCCUACAGCUACUCAGAAAACAAUAUAACGUUUUUUGCAUAGUGGGAUAGAGACUGAAAAAGUGAUGGAUGAUUUUAGAUUGCUGUAAGUCUUCCUCAACCAGAGCAUGGUUGCUUUCCUUGACAAGGACAGGACCAUGCCUUACCAGGGCAUGGUGGCUGCCAACAUACACUCUGCAGAUUGCACUUGCACAGAUACCUGCAAUAUCAAGCCAACUGCACCACUGCCGGUGAAUUGCAGUGAAAAAAGCAUUACCCUACCUGUGAAUAAGGGUUUUACCAAAAAGCAGACCCUCUUCCUCAUCCACCUGAUGAGGAUCCACCUUGAGGUAAAGGGCGAGGGAACAGCAAAGUCCAUCCAUGCCCUGAACCGGCGGCUAAAGUUUGGGAAGAAGUCAAAGAAGCUGCGGAGGUGGGAGGAGAUUGCUGGAAAGCUUGCCAAACAGUUCGGGGAGCACUUCCAACAGUUGAAGGUGGGGCGCAAGUGGUUCACACUGGUGGAGGCAUAUAAGAGAGUCAAGGACAACGUUGCGUCGACAGGAAGGGGGCCUGGCCGCUUCAAAUUCUACAAAGAGAUGGACGAGCUGCUUGGGGGAAACCAUGACGUGGACCCACCAGUUGUCGGGAGCGAUUGUGCUGGUGUGGUGGUACGCCGUCCCAAUGCACUGAGGAUGUCCAACAGAGCUCGCUCACCAGCGCAGCCCACCAGCUCCUCUUCCUUGUCUCCUGCUUCUUCCACAGCCAGUCCAGCUCCAGUUCGAGACCCCACCAGACCCCCGGACACCCCGAGAUCGCGGAAGCGGUCCGACAGUACAAGGGACGGGGCUACCUCAUCUGUGUCGCCCACCAGAGCUCCCUCACCAGCGCAGUCCACCAGCUCCUCUUCCCCAUCUCCUUCUUCUUCCUCAGCCAGUCCGCCUGCAGUUCGAGACCCCACCAGAGCCUCCGACACCCCGAGUUUGCGGAAGCGGCCGAGGGAGGACGACGUCUUGUCCUACCUUGAGAGAUCUGAUGCUGCUGCGAUGGCUGCCUCCCAGAGGCGGCACGAAGAGUCCCUGACCGAGAUGAGGUCGCUGAGGGAGGAUCGGAGGAAGUUCCUCCAGUUGCUCAGCAGCAUGGUGGACAAGAUGUGAGGCGGGCGCAACGACAACGGACACAAACCUUUAACGAAGAUUUUGUCUCCUUUCUAUUUCACUAUUUCUACCUUCUAACUAAAGAAGACAUACAAUCUGCACAUAUGUACAUUAUCCUUGUUUUAUUAUUAUAACCUUUUGUCUUGUACACAUUUGAAUGGUGUCUUUCUCACAGAUUCUGCUUCAAAAAUACAUUUAUUUUUUAACUCA